AUGGUUGAUACUGAUUAUAAGACUUGGUUACAAACUAAUUACGAAUACCAAAAAUUCUUUUUUGUGAAGGAAAAUGAAGAGAUUAUAGUCAAUAUACUCAAGAUGAUUAAAAAUUUUGAAAAUUAUAUUUUCUUAACUUUCAAUGAAUACGCUAUUGUUAUCUCUGUUGAUACUCCAGAGAGUGAAGAAAGAACAUUAAAACAUUACAAAGACAGUAUUGUUUUAAAUUAUGAAUCAGUUUUAUCUAAAUGGAACCUUCCAGGAUACUCUACUAAAUUGAGAUUAGCUAAAGUCUCUUUUGUAGAAGUUAGGAAAGAAUUAGGUGUUAAAGAAACAAAACUUAUUGGACAAACAACAGACACUGAACAUGCGCAAUACGAGGUUAAAAAAAUUACUGAAACUAAAUGGAAGUUAAUUUUUGCAUGGAAAAAUGUAGAUUAA